GUCCAUCCCCUGACUGACUGCACAGUAAAGAAGGCUCUCUGUGUUUAAUCGAGGUUUGAGGCGCUAAAGAGAGAACAUGGUCUCUCAGACUUGCAUGUAAACGUGGACGACGUCUUGAUAUAUUACCGGGACACAUUAGAGACUCUCAAUCAUCAUAUCAAGUGGAUAUAAAUCGCCCUUUUCUAUUCUCUGUUGCCAUGAUGGCAGAUCGAGGAUAUUUCACCUACACAUCCGCAAGAUGGCGAUUGUUUUAUGGAUUUCGACGGCAAAUAGGACUGCUCGUGUUGCUGCUUCAUGUGGUUAACAUGGUAGGUGGACAGAUUCGUUAUUCUAUCCCCGAGGAGAUGAAGAAAGGAUCUGUUAUUGGUAACGUAGCGCAAGAUCUUGGUUUAGAUCUGAGAAGGCUCCGUUCUGGGCGGGCCCGUAUCGUGACCGGAGAAAACAUCCAGUACACCGAGCUGAAGACAGACAAAGGGAUUCUCGUCGUGAAUGAGAGAAUAGACCGAGAGCAGCUCUGCGGUGACGUAACGCCAUGUAGCUUCAGCUUUGAAGUGAUUUUGGAAAACCCGAUGGAACUUCACAGAAUAACUGUGGAGGUUUUAGACAUAAAUGAUCACGCUCCGGUCUUCCCAAAUAAAGACAAACCUAUUUCCCUGGAAAUAAGUGAAUCAGCUGUAGUUGGCGGACAGUUUCCUCUGCAGAGUGCAGAGGAUCUAGAUGUGGGGCAAAAUGCUCUGCAGGAGUAUAUUUUGUCACCAAAUGACAAUUUCAUAUUGAAGCAACAUGCAAAUCCAGAUGGAAGUAAAUAUGUUGAAAUGGUGCUGCAGAAACCUUUAGACAGAGAGCAACACCCACAUCUGUCUUUGAAACUGAUUGCAGUGGACGGAGGAACACCACAGAGAUCUGGUACAGUAAAUAUAGAUGUCACUGUGUUAGACGCAAACGACAAUGCCCCAGUCUUUAAUCAAUCCGUGUAUAAAGCUUUUGUGAUGGAAAACACAGUUAAAGGCACAAGUAUUAUCACUGUAAAUGCUACAGACGCCGACAGCGGUUCGAAUGGACUCAUUACUUACAGCUUGUCUAAAACGAAAGGCAGUGCAGCAGAUAUAUUCAGUAUUGAUGAAAACACCGGCACAAUUUCUGUGUCCGGUCAGAUAGAUUAUGAAAAAAACAGAAAAUAUGAAGUUAGGGUCGAGGCGAAGGAUCACGGUGGAUUAACUGGGACAAGUAAAGUAAUAUUUGAUGUUUUUGAUGUCAACGACAACGCCCCGGUUAUAAAUAUUAUGUCAUUUUCAAGUCCAUUGUCUGAGGACGCGCCUCCCGGAACAACCAUUGCCAUUUUAAACAUAAAAGACGCAGAUUCUGAGAAAAAUGGACAAAUUAAAUGUUCGAUAGAUGGAAAACUUCCCUUUAAGAUUGAAUCCUCUCUGACAAACUAUUACAAUUUGAUCGCAGAUCAACAUUUUGAUCGAGAAUCUGUCUCAGAAUAUAACAUAACAAUAACAGCCAGUGAUUUUGGCUCACCACCUCUUUCCAGCUCAACCAAAUUACACCUUAAGAUUUCUGAUGUAAAUGACAACGCACCGUUAUUUGAUAAAAACAGCUACUCUGCUUACGUCACAGAGAAUAAUUCCCCUGGAAUUUCCAUAUUUGCUGUGAGUGCUCGAGACUCUGAUUGGAAUCAAAACGCGAGAAUCUCUUAUCUUUUAGAAGACACACAAGUCAACGGAGGUCCAGUUUCCACGUAUGUGUCCUUAAACUCUGAAACUGGAGUUCUCAGCGCGGUUCGUUCGUUUGAUUAUGAGCAAAUCAAACAGCUGCAGCUCGUCGUCAAAGCGCAGGAUGGAGGCUCUCCUCCACUCAGCAGUAACGUGAGUGUGAAAAUAAUGAUCCAGGACCAGAACGACAGUCCUCCUCAGGUUCUGUACCCGGUCCAGACUGGAGGCUCUCUGGUGGCUGAAAUGGUGCCUCGUUCAGCAGAUGUGGGCUAUCUGGUGACUAAAGUGGUGGCUGUUGAUGUGGACUCUGGACAGAAUGCCUGGCUCUCCUAUAAACUGCAGAAAGCCACAGACAGGGCGCUGUUUGAAGUGGGCUUACAGAAUGGAGAAAUCCGAACUAUCCGCCAGGUGACUGAUAAAGAUGCUGUGAAACAGAGACUGACUGUUAUAGUGGAGGACAACGGGCAGCCCUCUCGUUCAGCUACAGUCAUUGUUAACGUGGCGGUGGCGGACAGCUUCCCGGAAGUGCUGUCGGAGUUCACUGACUUUCCUCACGACAAGGAGUACAAUGACAACCUGACUUUUUACUUAGUGCUGGCUUUGGCUGUAGUGUCCUUCCUGUUCAUCACGUGUUUAGUGGUUAUUAUAUCAGUGAAAAUCUACAGAUGGAGACAGUCUCGCGUCCUGUAUCACUCCAGUCUCCCUGUGAUUCCAUAUUAUCCUCCACGUUACUCAGACACUUUGGGGACAGGGACUCUCCCACACGUGUACAACUACGAGGUGUGCAGGACGACUGACUCCAGAAGGAGUGACUGUAAGUUCGGCGGAGCUGGUAGUCAGAACGUGUUGAUAAUGGACCCCAGUUCUACAGGAACGAUGCAGCGGAUUCAGAGUGAGAAGAGCAUCCUGGAUGAACCAGACUCUCCUCUAGAGGUCAGUUCAAUGAUUUCGUCUCAUCUCUACUUUGUACUCUAA